ACCUGGUUUUCACAGAAGAUAAUUAGCUUCCUUACAGCCGGUGUGACUGGUUCUCUAACCUGCUUCCCACGUUGUAUUUUGUUUCAAUAACCUGCUUUAUUUUCGCGUUUUUGUAAUUAUCGUAUGUAUUUUUUUUUCAAAGCAGCGUACUCAAUGUUGUCAUCAUCAUCAUUUCUGCUGGCUCUGCGACGAGUAGCCGCUGCGCAGCCAGUUUCUUUCCUUCUGCCUCCUUCCUUUUUGCCGCAUAGGAUUUAAAGACGAAGCAGAUGAGUUGGGUGAUAUAAGUGGAUUCCAAGGACUACGGUGGCUGUCUUUCUGAGUUGCGUGUGUUUUAUUGAUGGGAUAAACUGUCCUCCGAGAACAUUCGCGACGCGGGACAGAGGACACGCCGACAGAAAAAAAAAUAAAAACACGCAGGACAGACCGAGACCAAACUGCUUCCAGCUGCCAGGCUGAGCCGAGCAGACUGCAGCAAGACCUCACAAGACACCUGGGAGAGCGAAGAACAGAGUUUGAUACCCUGUGCUGACACCCAGUCUGGCUGAAUGAUGGGUAACCAAAAUGGCAGAGACAGCUACAGCCCUACAGGCACCGGUUCCCCUUUGGAUUUUUACCACACGCCUCCCACCUCACCCUCUGAGGCAGAGCUGGCUGCCAUGGCCUUGUCCUCUGCAGCCUCGGCUGAUAAGGUGCAAACUUCAUCACCAGUCGCGAGCACCACGCCCUCCUCUCCCUCCCCAGCUGCAGAGUGGAAACAGAAGCUCUCUGCUCCCGCGGAGUGGGCAGUGAUCAGCGUGGAGAGCAUCAAGUCCUCGGAGACUAACCCGAGUGAUGCAGCAGCCAGACGGGAGAAGGUCGCUAACAGUUCGGACGUACCCGUCGCGCUGCCUUUGCCCCAAGGACCGCCUUCGGAGCAGUGCUGGCAGGAGAGAGACAGCGGGAUGGAGCCGCAGGCAGCAGCAGACGGCACCGGAGAGGAGAUGACCCUGGUUUUACACAGUCUGAUGGAGCACUACAGAGCCUCAAUGGGCCUAACCCCCAACACUGAUAUCACCACAGGAGCAGUAGAGAUGUUGAGACGCUUGAUAGCAGAAAAGGAAGAUCUGGUCGAGGAGCUGGACGUGCUAAAGGAGACGCUUAGGACAGAGAGGUUGGAAUGGCAGCAGUUCCAGUGGGACCUGCAGAUAGCGGUGUCAGUGGCCGACAGGCUGCGGCUGGAGUCGGAUCACGCUCUGGGUUUGCUCCAAGAGAACCACAGAGGUCUGGAGGAGCAGCUGGUCCAGGCCCUCAGCAGGCAGCAGGAGACGGAACAGGCGCUGGAGAGCCUGAGAGCUGAGCACAGAGACGUCUGCCACAAACUAAAUGAAGUCAUUGUGCAGCGGCAGCAGGAGCAAGCAGAGCUGGAUGUUCUGAGGCAUGUUUGCAGGCUGAAGGAGGAAUUGACAAACAAAGAGGCUGGGAAUAAACUUCAAAAGGAAGCUGAAGCAGAAACUGAAAGCAAAGAUGGUGAUGAUGAUGUUGAUGGUGAAACUCAUGAUCCUGAGAAGACGAACGGGUCAGAAAAUGUUGAGCUGACUGGAAAGGGAGUAGCUGAGGGAUACAUUCGUAGUCUGGCUAUUCUGGAGAAAAAGAAGGAAGAGGGACGUGGACAGAGAGAUCCAAGGAGGAUAGUGAUGUUGUCUGAAAGGUCUUGGAGUCUAUCUGGUCUUCCACUUCAAAGUGAUUCUUCAAGUCAGGAUGGGACUUCAAAACAAACGAGCACAACUUUGCCCAUGUGCAAGAAGGAAGAGCCAACAAAAGGGAGAAGAACAGAUAGGAUUUUGCAAAGACAAGAUAGCUGGUCCAACUUUUAUACAGGAAAACAAGAGGAGGAUCAAACCUCAGAUUCAGUGAAACCUCAGGAUGGUUUCAGUGCUUUGCUGAGGCGCCACGGUGGCUCCAGAAGGAACUCUCUGCUGCGGUGGUGCCAAAGUCGUGCCCAAGGUUACAAGAAUAUAGAGAUCACCAAUUUCAGCACCUGCUGGGAGGAUGGAUUGGCAUUCUGUGCCAUUUAUCACACCUACUUACCAACCCAUGUCCCGUAUGACGUCCUCAGUCCAGCUGACAAGGAGGGAAACCUAGGUCUUGCGUUCAAGACAGGAGAGAGCGUGGGAAUCCCGGCCACACUGACCGUGGAGGAGAUGCUGAAGGCAGAGGGGCCCGACUGGCAGAGGGUGCUGGCAUAUGUCGAAAGCAUUUUCCGUCACUUCGAGGUGUGAAGUCAGGAUCCGGUGACUUGCUCCCUUCCGUUUUCCUUUUGUUACAAGUUGGGAGCUGCACUUGUGAAUCGGUGCUCACCCAAAAAUGGAGCUUUGCACACAAUGAACUCAUCUAUCAAGAUUUAAAAUGUGCCAGCAGUGUUGGACUCUGUGGCUUUUUCCUUUUGUGUAAAAUACAUCCUUGACUCGGAAGCAGGUGCUUGCAGACUCCCUGCGGAAAGAACUGUAACAGCGCUUCAUCCGUGGAGCACUUUUUAUUUUUCUACUUGCACAGCAACCACACUGGAUCUGGGGAAUAAAAACUAGGACACAGAAAUAAGUGCAGCAGGAAGAUCACCUGCUCACCAGCUACUUCUGCGCUCCAGUCAGAUCACCUGGUGGAUGGAUUGUUGCACUAUAUGCACUCAAUUUACUGUGAAGAGCACUUUAUUACUAAGUUUGUUGCAUUUU